UCUCUCUUCGGCCAUGGCCUCAACCUUUGUGGAGUCUUUGGUGGUGGGGAGAGUGAUAGGGGAGGUGGUCGACCUCUUUGUUCCUACAGUGACUAUGUCAGUAAAUUAUGGUGCGAAGCACAUUAACAAUGGCUGCCAUGUAAAGCCAUCAAUGGCGGUCAACCCACCGGCGCUGUGCAUCUCUGGAAAUAUCUCUGAUCUCUAUACCUUGAUUAUGACAGAUCCAGAUGCACCAAGCCCAAGUGAGCCCAGAAUGAGGGAAUGGAUACACUGGCUGGUGGUCAAUAUUCCAGGUGGGACUGAUCCUUUCAAAGGAGAAGAAAUUGUUCCAUAUAUGCCGCCUCAGCCACCGCUGGGCAUCCACCGCUACGUCUUCGUUCUGUUCCAGCAGGAGAAGAGAAUAGAAGGAAUGAGUCCAUUGGCCAGCCGCGCCAAUUUCAACACUCGGUUGUUCGCUUCACAACUUGAGCUUGGCCUCCCCGUCGCCGCCGUCUACUUCAAUUGCCAGCGAGAGCCCAACAACCGCCGCCGCUAGUUUAUAUUUUUUAAUGUUUUUCUAUGUAUUUCGAUAAAUUAUUAAUUCUAUCCAUAUUCUCAUCAUA